AGUUUGGAGGUUAGAGUAUUUUGAAGUUUAAAAGUUCGAUUGAACGAGGCAGGUGUAAAUUUUUUACGAACGCAGGUUUCAACCUUGGUAUCAUGUCGCGGCUAGUGUUGUUUAGAAAUUGUGCUUUUAGACUCAACUCCAAGAGCAAUAAUUGUUGUAAGAAUGUGAUAAGGUGUCUAAGCUCUGAGAGCAACAAAACUCUAGUCAGUCACCAUGGGACAAAUCUCUCCAGGGCGGACAAUUUCUUUAAAGCAAAAACGCAGUCUAGUCAUAGAAAUGUUUUUCGCAACUAUUCAAGUGAUGCUGAUUUCCCUGAUCACAACAAAGUACUCUUACCAGCCCUAUCUCCUACCAUGGAAAUGGGAACAAUUGUAUCAUGGGCUAAAAAAGAAGGAGACAAAUUGAAUGAAGGAGAUUUAUUAGCUGAAAUCGAAACUGACAAAGCAACUAUGGGUUUCGAGACCCCUGAAGAAGGUUAUCUUGCCAAAAUUCUGGUGCCUGCAGGAGUCCGAGAUGUGCCCAUAGGGAAACUUGUUUGCAUCAUUGUUGAUGAUGAAAGUAAAGUCGCUGCAUUCAAAGAUUACAAAGACGAUGGCUCCGCCGCACCUGCUGCUGCUGCAGCACCUGCCCCGACACCAGCGCCUGCUGCUCCGAAGCCUGCCGCUGCUGCACCACCUCCACCUUCACCAGCUCCUCAACCAGUUUUCACUCCGUCAUCUGUACAGUCAGCAAGUCAUGGCUCAAGGAUUUUUGCAAGUCCUCUGGCCAAGAAACUUGCCGCUGAAAAAGGCCUUGAUCUUGCGUCGAUUGGUCAAGGAUCUGGUUUAUUUGGCUCCAUCACAUCGAAAGACCUCGCAAAAGCCAGUGUUGCCUCGGCUCAAACAACCAUUGCUGCCCCAGCCAGAGUAGCUCCUGCAGGAUCCUUCUCAGAUUUGCCCACAACAGGUGUAAGAAAUGUCAUUGCAAAGCGGCUUCUGGAAUCUAAACAGACCAUUCCGCACUACUAUUUGACUGUAGACAUUUCUAUCGAUGAAAUCAUGAAACUGCGUAAACAGAUGAAUGCUGCUUUAGAGAAGGAAGGUGCAAAAUUGACUGUCAAUGAUUUUAUCAUCAAAGCGACAGCCUUAGCUUGUAAAAAAGUUCCUGAAGCUAAUUCUGCAUGGAUGGAUACAUUCAUAAGAGAGUUUCACACUGUUGAUGUAAGUGUUGCUGUGAGUACGAAGACCGGUUUAAUCACACCCAUAGUUUUUGAAGCAGAGAAGAAAGGUCUCCUUGAGAUUAGCCAAGAAGUUAAAGCAUUAGCAAAUAAAGCAAGAGAGGGCAAAUUGCAGCCCCACGAAUAUCAGGGAGGAACCAUCUCUAUAUCAAAUCUAGGAAUGUUUGGAAUUAGAACCUGUAGUUCUAUUAUCAAUCCCCCGCAAUCCUGUAUUUUGGCUGUAGGUGCUCCCCAAACACGUCUUGUUCCUGAUAGCAACUCGCCAACAGGCUCUCGACCGUCCGAUUUUCUGCAAGUAACUCUUAGUUGUGAUCAUAGGACAGUUGAUGGUGCUGUUGGUGCCCAGUGGCUAAUAGCUUUCAGGCAGCUAAUCGAAAAACCAACAAAUAUGCUCCUUUAAGACUUGUGCAAACUCAAUUUUUUUUUUUAGAAAAUUCAGGAAAAUUUUCUAACUGCCACAACAUGCGUCGCGGGAGAAAACGAGACUAAGGCUUCAGCUCACUGAAACUUUCACACUUGGUUACAACUCAUUCAGUAAUUUAAAUGCAAGUCAAAGCGCACUCUCAUUGUUGAUCAGUCAAACUGCUUUGCUCCGACAUGUAAAUCUAGAUUUUGUUUCACAAUAUAAGCAGCAAGGCAUUUAGUGAUUAGGUCUCAAUGUACCUGGCUUUAGUAAUUAUCUAUUUGGUUGGUCCUAUGACCAAGUUCUGUGUACAUCUCACUGAGGAUUGUGUAAUUCUUCCAAAACAACAAGGAUCCCCAAAAUUCCUCAGAAAGUAGGAUUUUCAAUAAAAUUUUGAAGUCAGUUGCACUUAAAAAUAUUAAAACCGCGCUGAGGAUGCCGGAGUUGCGAGCCGGAAAAACGCGUCCACAUUUUAAUAUUUUUACAUGCAAAUGAGUUUAAAAUUUUAUAUUGAUCAUUUAUUUUGUGCAGGUCUCCGAACGAAUCUUGAAGUAGGAUUUUGAUGACUGUAAUGUCGGGGUAAAAGACAGAACGCACUCAAAUGGAAUUAUCCUUCCGAUCAGCAACAAAAAUACACGCACGAAAAAAAUACCUCUUUGGCAUUUUAACUACUUAAAUGAAAUUGCUAAUAGACUUGUUUUGCUAUUAUGUAUGUCUCUCAUACAUAAAGAUAUUUGCUUCUAAACACUUUUCCUAUGUUUUCCUCCUCCUCUUGUUCUACUUCAACAGGUAUUUUAACAAUGUGUUGAAAAUAAGAAAAAAUUAGAGUUUUGUCAGAUUUUCUCAAUCAGUCGUCAUCAUCUUCUUUAUUAAAAUUAUAGACCAUCACAGAAAAAUUAUAAUUGAAACAGAAUUUGACUUACUGACCAACCUGAUCAAAAAUAGUUUUUAAAACAAUAAUAAAUAUUCAUUUUAUAUUAAAAAUGAUGGCAUAGGCUCUAAGUUGUAGUUCCACUGAAGCCCUCAAUGUGUGGAAAUACGCAUGGACCCCUUCAAACGCUUAUGGUCAAUCGAAUGGGUGAGAGCCAAAAGGACGUAAAAGUGCACCAGGCGAAGUAAGAUCUAAAGCCCAUUGUUAACAGUGUUUUCUCUUCAAAAUUUUAUGCUUAUGAGCGUAGUGUUUUUUUUUUUUUUUUUUUUUUUUUUUGUUUCUAUGCUCCUCUCUUUUUUUUUUCUCUUGUCUGGAAUUCAUUUUUCUUUUUUUUUCUUCCUGAUUUCAGUCAAUACAAUUUUUUGUAUCAAAUUAUGUGCAAACUGGAGUACCAAUAUUUUAUUACCAAAUGGUUUUAGUCUUGGUAUAGACAAUAAUUUCAAAAUCUGCAAUGUUGAUCAAGUGAGAAUGUUUCUCCCUAAAUAUCCCGGUGUCCUAUAUUUUCUGUUUAAUUGUUGCUAGGUUAAUAUAGAAUCUACCAUUGUAAGUGGUUAAAGUUGUUUUUAGUGGUCAUGAAGAUGAGGAAGAAGCAGAAUUGUCUUCUCUGAGUACGUAAAUUAUACCUCUGAAAAUUGCUUUUACAUAAUUUUUGUACCAAGAUUUCUGAUACAAAUUCAAUAUUUGAAUCGCACAAAGGAUUAUUGAGUAUUUCUUUUUUUAGGACAGAGAGUUGUGUUGUCCGUUUUCUCAUUUUUUUUCUCAGUAUCUACUUAGAAUCUCUUUUGGCACCACUUUAUUCAAUAUUUGCUGUACCCGUCAAAUAUGUUCAUCAAGCAUGACCAUUCUUCGCUAUGCCAAAAAUGAAAACGCUGAGUAUCAUUCACCUGAGACUUGGUACCACUUAUAACCUAUUUUCUAUAAUUUUCCAAAAGAUGGUGCUGUUUAUCAAUGUAACAGGGUGGUGAAAUAGUGCUGGGUCCACAUUAUGCGGUUACAUACAGUUGUUGUUACGUACAGUUCAGGCCGAAUUUUUAGUGUUUUUUUUUUUCUUGUUUAUCAAUAAAUUAAUGAGUACUUAACACAUCUGAGCCUCGCACGAAAAAAAUAGUGCAGUUUUCAGGGAGUUCACCAUUUGCAUAAUUUUUUUCUGUCAAAAUGUGUAACUGUCAUAACCAAUCUGUUGUAAUUAAACAAAGAAAAAAUUCUAUGUAUUAAUGUAGUGCUCUUGUGCAUAAUUUAGUCACCCAACAACAUUGAGUAAUAUUUUUUGGUGUACUUUCAAACAGAUGAACAAGAAGGACAUUCAUGCCCUGUGGGUAGUUGUGGAAACAUCACAAAAAUGAAUUUGCUCCAAGCUAGAUAAUUUUUUUCUUUCCUCUCUUCUUUCAUCUUCAUGGACAUUUUUGAAAGCAUAACAAUCGUUAUAUCUUCGUUAUGAUCUUUAAAGAAGCUAGUGCUGUAAGUUGCCGAAAUUCAUAGAUUUAAGGAUGUAAUUGUCACAGUUGAUUGAAAUGAUGAGGUUUCAUUCGAAUUGUUUGUUAUUUAGUGUAUAAAAAUCUUAAAGCAGUCUAUGUUUCGUUAUUUGCUCACACAAAGGAUUCCCUUAGUUUCAAAUCAAUUUUGAUUUUGAACCCUCGGACUUUGCUGUUUUUGCUGUCUAAUAUGGGAUCUGUUCAACAGAAUCAGUCGGCUCCAGUAAAUUUGUUUGUCGAGCUGUAUGCUAUUCUUGAAUUACUCAACAUUCCGUUAAAAAUGCCUUUAUUCUAUUUAAGGCUUGCAGGUUGCUUUCAUCAUAAUGAUCUUGGCUUUUUAGUGUCGGUAACGAAACCUAACUGAUGUAUCCCAGUUAUUGGUAAACAAAAUUUGUUCACAAUCAGUCAUUGGAUUUAUUAACGUAAUCAUUUUGAAUCAUUUUUUUCUUCAUCCUCGGGUUUUGAAAUGAUUUAAAAUCCAUUUAUGUUUGGUUUUAAUCCUGUGUUUAUUUCUUUUUCGUUUUUCUUACUUUUUUAAAUGUUAUUGUAACAAAUUCUGUCUACCCAUCAGUUUGUAAAUCUUGUACCAUCAAAAAUGCCAUAAACAUUUAAUUUAUUUUGUUUUAUA